AUGAUCGGCGGGACUGGCAAAGUCAGCACAGAUGGACAAUCGUGUUGGAUGCAGAAGGCGUCACACAGUCAGCAUCGCCUGACGCACUGGAAGGUGAUGCUGUGGCUCAUGGCAGCGUUGCUGGCGCUGGUGGAGGACGUGUUGUCAGAGGAGGACAGUCCAGAGACCCAUCUGGACCUGCAGCGUGUCCUCAGGCAUCCCUCCUGGCCUCCUGCACACAACCCUGAAGAGGAUGUUGACCCUCUCUGGCCAGAAGUCUUAGAAGAAUGGACGCUGCUGCAGGAAGAGGAUGUCCCGCAUCAGAGCAGGUGGCGGCGUUCACAUCAUGACACAGACGUGAGCAGAGCUUCCAGGAGGAAGCGUAAGAGGACCAAGAGCAGCGGCGACUGCCGCGUGGAGAAGAGGCAAAUGCGAGUGCGCGACCUCGGCCUGGGCUACGACUCGGACGAGAUCAUCCUCUUCAAGUACUGUGUGGGCUCGUGUCACGGCGCCCGCAGGAACUACGACCUGGCACUCAGGGCCCUGGUGGCCCAGGGGAGCGUCUCGGGGCGCAAGGUCAGCAGCCAACCGUGCUGUCGACCCACACGCUACGAGACCGUGUCCUUCAUGGAUGCCCACACCAUGUGGCAGACCAUCAAGUGGCUCUCUGCGGCCAACUGCAGCUGUGUGGGCUGACGAGGCAGUAGACGCUUCUACAGUGUUGUGUUUGGUGACGGUGUCCAUGGAAGGAAUGUUUUAAUUAGGAGCGACUUCCUACAGUGAGUGAGCUGAGGAUGGAACCAGCAACCUUUACCACCCGAGAGAGCAGAGUGCGGGACUCACAAAGGCUGCUUCAAGAGUUGCACGCUGAGGUACACUUGAGCUCCUCUCGGAAGCUGGCGAGGGUUUCCUUGUUGCUCCUGGAGGGGGGCCAGAUACCUCCAUAAAGCAGCCAUGGCACCAUGAGGAUUGUCUGCUGCCAGCCUGGAUUUAGAACAGCUUGCUUGAACUGAAAGAUCCUCAGACAAGGGGACAUCCUAAGCAGGUCUUCAGCCAAUAUUUCUUUGAAGGAUGCCCCCCCCCCCCACACACACACUUUAUUGCUGAGGUUGUGAUGCUUUCACAUGUUUGGUUGGCAUGGCAACCAUGGAUGCUUCACACCCACCUUAUCUGGAACUUUACCGGCCUGCAUGUUUGCUCCACAGACAUUACGUCCAAGUUAGCCUUCUGACUUCACACAGCAUGGACAAAAGUAUUGGGACAGCUAGAGGUCACUGAUGUACUUGUUCUCCAGUUCUUCCACAGCAAACUCCACACAUGCCUUUAGGGACCUUGCUUUGUGCACUGGGAACAGGAAAGGGCCUUCCCCUGCAGAACAGCCUGAGCCAGCCAAAAGGACCGUGGCGCUCAAGGUUGUUCGACCGCAUUCCCGACCAAAUGCUUUGGCAUGCAAACACAUUUCCUUCCGUGUGGAUUUAGGAUGGUCUUCGUAAGACCAAAUGUUGCUCUCAUCAUGUGACACAAGUCUACCUUGCUUCCGGGGCAGCUCCACAACACAGUGUGGCUUCAAUACACACAAACACACACCAUGAUGACCUCCAUGUAUGUAAAGUACAUGCCACAGUAGCUGCAUCGUCCUUGUUUACAUCUCUGUCAACAGCGUGUUGUGGGAUGCCAUUACAAAUAUAGAUGUGAGCCAAGCGUCGUUCACAGUGACGGCUUUUCAACACGUACUUUAAUUUUAGAUGCACAGAGACAUGAUACCAUUAACAAGCAUUUCGUCUUUUCAAACAAAGCAUUCUUUGACUGUGUUUAAGUCUUGUUUGAUCCAAACAUGACUUGGACUUGUGAUAAUAUAUCCAGUAUAUAGAUGCAUGAAUGGUUAUCAUGUAUGUAUUCUUGGUAAGAGUAAGAACAUGUAUGUUUAAUAUCAGGCUAUGAAUAUUCGAGUGUAUGUCUUAGUGGUGGUCACAUAACGCCACAAGAAUAGGUUUUUACCUUGUUACUAUUACUUUUUUUGUGACUGGAAAAGCUCACAGAAAAAGUUUGACUUAGUAAAGUUACAAAACCUCAGGAAUAUUAUCUGAAUGUCACAUUUUAGUUUGUUUCACAAUGUUCUCCUUUUUCUAUUUUUGCCUCCAUUAAAGUGAAUUGCAUUUCUCGCAUAACACUACAAUCCUAUUAAACACCAAAACAGUUUACGUUAAGUAACAUUUAAGGAAACAUAGCCAUCAUCCAAAAGGUGAAAAUUUGUGUUUAAGGUGGCUGUAAACAUUGAUUCAUCAGCACCAUUUUCUCCUCCUUUCAUAAAAAGUCUUAAAGGGAAGGUGACAUGUAAAGUGCUGCUUUGAGAUGCUCUGCAUCAUGUUGCCUUACUGUACAUAGAUAUAAGAUAUUUAUUGUUUAAAUUAUUCUAUUUAUUCUUCAUUCUCAUUAAACAUCAUCUGAGGAUAUUUAUGAGUAAUAAAGAUCACUUUUAUAAAAUGCAGAACAAGGCCAAAGUCAGUUUUUCUUCUCACAUUGACAGUCAUUUCCUAAAAUCCUUAUGUGAAUUGUUAUCUUAAUGGACUGUGAUGCUCGCUUUAAUGAUCAUGUGUAGACAUGCAUAAAGUUGUAGUUUAUGGACUGUUAAGUUGACACAGGAAUGCAAUUAGUGGUGAGGCAGUCACUCACAUUGGUAAAGGAAUAAUAAAAGGGAGGGAGUAAGUAAGUAAGUGAGUAAUCUGUGUUAGAUGAUGAUUAUGAGUUAGAUGUUUAAUCUGCAAAUAUUAUUGUCAUGGACAGAGUUAUUUCAUCUAUGAUGCAUUCUAACCACUGUUUUUGUACACAGUAAAAUAUUGUACAAUUGUUAUGGCCUUCGUGUUUGUAUUUCUACAAUGUGUCUGAAUUGAGACACGGCCAUCCUGUU